AUGUCAUCAUCGGACGACGAAAGUCUCCCGGGGGAGUGCGGCUGGUGCCACGAUGAUCGAGGUCUGUGUGACAGGCCUCACCUGGACGAUGAUCGGCGAUUCAGCAUUAAGCUCGAGGAGACCUUCGAAGUUGAAACGCUUAUCCCAUGCCAUGCAAGACGUUAUGUCUUGGAGAGGAUGGAUUUUAAAGACCAUGAAAAUUAUUAUGAAACAAAGAAAAAUCACCCAAGGACUCAUCAUGAUGUGGAUUUUGAAGUAAAUCUGUAUAAUUAUGGGAGUGUGACCCAUUUUGGUUGCAAAAAUUGGGAAGCAUUUUGCAAGAUGUAUGGUUUUGAUGAGGGUAUGCUUGUCACCAUGGAUCUUGGUGAUCCUGACAUCGACCAAGACAAUAUGGACAUUUGGGUCCUUGUUGAUACACCUCCAGUUCUACCGCUAUCUUAUUUUGAUUGUUCAAACAAUGUGCGGAACAUGCUAGACAAAACCUACUACACCGAUGGCUCUGAGUUAACUUAUCAGGAGAAAAAUCAUCUGGUCGGAUUUUGUACUGAUCUUGAGAAUUACAAUAUCUACAAUCAAACUCCUCAACAUUAUGGUCAAUACGUGCCACUAGUGCACGUGUUGAACUAUGGUAACUACCAUGGAGAUACCUUGAGAAUCCCAGAGGAUUGUGUGCCUCAUUUGAUGUAUCAGAAUGGUAGCCUUCGUGUUUUGAACAUAUAUCCAGGUCAUCCUACGAAUCUCAACUGUCCAUACCGGAUUUCUAAAAGAAGUGGAGACAUGCUAAUCAGAGAAUGGAAAAAAUGUAUGGACAGUCGUAAGGAGGUUCUUGGAAGCAAAUGGAAGCGCCGCGCAAAAAUUGGAGACAGGAUGAUCUCCAUUCUCCAUAAUGGAGAGUCAGGGUCUAUAUUGUUUUAUGCUAUUUUACCUUAA